UCGGUAAUUCUGUUUCUCUUCCUGAUAGGGCUUGGUGUGCUGCACCGGGGCAGAAUGGCUCAGGUGCCCCCGACGUUCGAUGACGUGGCCGUGUAUUUCUCGUGCAGUGAGUGGAACAGCCUGAGCCCCACUCAGAAGGAGCUGUACAAGUGGGUGAUGAGGGAGAACUACGAGUGGCUGCUCUCUCUGGGUUACUCCGCAGACAAGCCGGAUAUCGUGGCCCGGAUCGAGGUGGGAGAGGAGCCGUGGUCCGAUGGCGGCCCAGACAAAGCAGCCGCCGGCGAAUCCGACGUCCAGACCGGCAAAGCCAAGCGGGAGGUCGAUAGAGCGACGGUGGUGAAAGUCGAGGCACCCUUUGGAUAUGAAGCUGGAGAGGCCGUCGUCUCUGCCGGUCAGGGGGCCGAGUCUCAGGACUUCGCCCCCCCCGCGUCGCCCCCGGGUGAUAGGCCGUACCAGUGCUGGGACUGCCUGAAAAGUUAUAAGCGGAGUGCUGCGCUGGCCAAGCACCGGCGGACGCACGCCCGGGAGAAGCCGUUCCGCUGCUCCGUCUGCUCCAAGGGCUUCAUCCAGAACUCGGACUUGGUGAAACAUCACCGAAUCCACACGGGGGAGAAGCCGUACCGCUGCCUCAUCUGCGACAGACGGUUCGCGGAAAGCUCUGCCCUGAUCAGACACAAAAUGACGCACAGCGCCACGCGCCCCCCUCCGCGGGGCAAGAAGAUCUGCCUCAAGGGAUCAGAUCUCAGUAGACCCGAAAUGACACGCGGGGAGGGUGGCACCGGUCUGUCUCCGGGGGCAGCUGAAGCGUCGGGUAGCGGCUCGGACCCCUUAAACUCUCGUAAGGAGCCCAUCGGAGUUGCCGGCACUCCUUACAUCUGCGCGCAAUGCGGAGAGACCUUUAAACAAUGGAUUCCCUUGAACUGCGACAUGCUGAAGCAUUUAAUGACCCACGCGUGGAAAAGACCCUUUCAGUGCCGCCACUGCAACAAGGACUUUGUUCAGAAAUCGGACCUUGUUAAACACGUCAGGCACCGACACGCCGAGGAGAGGCCGUACUCCUGCCGCGUCUGCGGCCUCUGCUUCAGCACGCACUACGCUACUGUGCGGCACGAGCGGACGCGCCAUUAG